CACGAUUACCCUGACUUGUAGUACAAACAGCUCAAUCUGUAGUCCUCCUGCUUGGAAAGUCAGCGCCGAAAAUUAGAUAGAAAGAAUUGCACUGAAGCUGUUUUUACGCUGACCGAACAAUGUUUUGCCCUUAUUGUGGAGCACAUUUCAGCCAGUUUACACAAUUUUGUUGUUCGUGCGGACGGUCUCUGGAACUUUUACGGGACACGGACCAGGUGGCAGGACCAAGCGCGCAGGUAACAUCAAAGCUACAGUUAGACAGUUCUAAACAAAAAGAACAGACAUGCCCAUCAUACAAACAGUUCAUUGAGUACAGGAGCUCUAAAUCAAGAGAGCGACAGUCUUUUAGCUACGGGUCCAAAUUAAAAUGUCAACAACAGAGCAAACCUGUCCAGAUAAACAUAGGACUGAUGGUGGGUCAUGGAACUGAAUUAAAACCUCUAAGAGGGAAGACACUGCCUUUAUUUACAAACACGGAGAUAACAGCACAGGACCUAUUGAAACAGGCUGUACAGAAAAUGAGAACAUUUAACAAGGACCUGGGGGAGGGGCCAUACGUCCUUUUGUAUCCAGACUGUACAGAGGUGGUGAAUGUGCCUGGGACAGAGAGACCAUUUAGAUUGGCAGACUAUAAAAAAGAAAUAGGAAAGACAUACCCCAGAAUCACUUUUUUCAUCUGCCCAGAGGAACAUUUCAAAGGAGAAUGCACGAUAAUGUGUUAUUUUCAGCCUCUACUACAGCAGAUGAUACCUCAGACUCUGAUUCUGAAAUUGUCAUCACUUCUAGAAGCACAGCCGAGUUCAAUCAAGCUGACACUGUGGUUUUUGAACCACAAGACCACAGUUCCCCUGAUUACAAAUAUGUUGAGAAAGAAGAUGUGCCACAACGUUUAUCCACAGUACAACCUGGACAGGUAUUCAGGCACUUUAUGUCAACCUGGAGUUUCUUGCCAUCAUUGUAUUUUUUUUCAGAUUGUGAUAUCUGAUACAGAGGAUCUCGAUCCACUUGAAAAAAACAAUCAAGUCACAACUCCUUAUAGCAAAUACUCUGAAAUGUGUGCACCCUAUAUUGAGGAGGAUGAUGAGGAACUGGUUGAAGUUGCUUCAACAAAUGUACAGCACACAGCAAAGGAAGAUUUAAACAUUACUCUACCUGACAUCAUUGCAAACCUGUCCCACACUAUUGAUCAUGGAAGAGUCAGCAGAUUCAACAUCUCAAGGGCAAAUGUUUGGGAUGGAGCAAUUAGAGGUUUCAGGCGUUCAUCAUACUCUGAAACCUGUGACAUGCUAGUAAAAUUUACUGAUGAUGCUGGAGUUUUUGAAGAAGGACUUGACACAGGUGGCCCAAAGCGGGAAUUUUUGAGCCUGCUUAUGAAACAUCUGAAAGAUCGUCCCAUCUUUGAUGGACCAGAAGGACAUCGGUUCUUGGUGUACAAUGCAAAUGCUGUUAGGGAGGAUGAAUACUUCUUGGCAGGAAAGAUGAUUGCAGUGUCAGUUGUGCACGGAGGUCCAGGACCCCAUUUCCUGUCAGAAGAUCUGGUACAUUAUCUCGCAGGACAGGCUUCAUUCAAAGCAACAGUUGCUUCGGUAACUGAUGAGGGUAUAGGGAAAGCUUUACAAGAGAUUGAGAAUGCUGCUUCAGUGGAUGUCCUGCGUGAAUGUGUCAUUCGACACAGCACUAUGCUGCAGACAGCAGGUUGUCUGCGACAUGUUUCCUCUGUUGAGGAAAAGAAAGACAUUGUGUCCGACUAUCUCCGAUGGUACAUUAUUGACCGCAACUCAUCUGCACUUGACAGAUUUAAAGAUGGUCUUUCAGCACUGCACUUUUUGGAUGCGCUUCAGCAACAUCCCACCAUGCUGUCCCCAGUCCUGUGCCACAUUGAAAAGAAGCUCACAGCUCUUGAGCUAGAGCAACUUUUCAAACCUAACUUCAGUCCAGUCGGGAGUAACAGGAGACUUCUAGAGAGUCAAACUAUGGGCUACUGGGCAGAUUAUCUCCUUGACUGUGAAGGUUUGUAA